CCUAGCCCUAACCUACACCUUACAACCCAACCGGCUGUCUUUUCCACCACAAUUGACCAUUCUACCCUCCUUCCCCGUAGCCUCAUAGGCUUCAGUCAGUCUCUGUCAUUCCCGAGAUGGCAAAAUUAAGGAACAGCAAAAUCAAUCACCUCAGAUGCAUAGAACACUGCGAAAAUCGUCACGGGCAAGAUCGUCAUUUCUCUCCCCCAAUCCCAGCCGCUACCCCGCCAUGUUUUUCAGCGACAUUCAGCACCAAAAACCAAUACGCAUGUCAAUCAGCUGUCGUUUUCUUUCUCUCUCCCUGUCGUUUCCGUUUGACUCUCUAUGUCUCCCCCAAUUAUAAAAUAGUCCAAAAACGCCAUGCAAGAAAGUAACCCUAGCCACAUUUCUCUCCCUAGCUAGACCUCUGGAAAACAAACGAACAGCUAGCAAGGUAAUAACUAUGGAGCGCGAAGAUCAGCACGUAAAGAACGGUGGAUUGGCACAUGGAGUGGGGCUGGAGAACACGACAAGGUGGAAUCCGACCAAAGAGCAGAUAACUAUGCUGGAGAAUCUGUAUGAGCAAGGGGUGAGGACUCCCAGUGCGGAAUUCAUACAGGCGGUAACGGCGAGGCUCAGGGCUUAUGGUCACAUUGAGGGGAAGAAUGUGUUUUAUUGGUUUCAGAAUCACAAAGCGAGGCAGAGACAGAAGGAGAAGCAGGAGGCUAGCUUGGCUUAUUUCAACCGCUUUCUCCAUAAGGCGGCGGCCUCUCAGUACCCACUAUAUCCUCCUCCCCAAUAUCCUUGCGCAAAUGUGAUCUGCAGCCCCUAUUAUAUACCUCCAGUGCCAAGUGAAAUAGGGUUCUAUUCACAAUCUCAUCCCAAGGUGCCUCCACAAUCUGUUGGGGUAAAGAGGAGACCAAGAAUCGAGAAACUGGACGUGCCAACAAGAACUUGCAGUGGCGGUGGUAGUGGAGGGUAUGAGCCAAUGCACCAUGGAUAUGGCAGAGGGGGCUGUAUUGAUGUCAAUGAUGCCACUAACAGAUUAAUGAGCAACUCUGAUGAUCCAGAAACACUGCCACUGUUUCCUUUGACACCCACAGGCCUCCUACAGGGCAGAGAUGAAGGUCCAUCUACUUCAGAUGGUAAUUAUGCUCAGAAUUCGACUGCUCUCGUUAGCUCUUCUGGUAUCGUAGAGGGUCAUGGUGACCAGCCUAGUUUCUACGAUUUUUCAGUGAGGACAAGGCUGUUGUGA